UUUUUUGGCUGAACUCAAAAGGUUUUAGCAAUGGAACUGAGAUAUCUCCUCUUAGCUAUUUUAGUGCUAAGCUUCUCUGUAAAUUGCGCUGAGAAGGCUCGAUAUGAUAAUUACAGAAUUUAUGAAAUUAUUAUCGAGAACGAUGAACAAUUAGAGCUUUUAAAGGACAUUGAAAAUAAUUCUUAUGGAUACGAAGUGAUGCGUUUUCCUAACUCAAUUGACAAAAAAGUAGAAAUUCUUGUUCCACCUCACAAACUAGGAGAAUUCAGUGAAAUUAUUGAGAACUUUCAAUUCAAAUCACAAUUGCUGAUGAAUAAUUUGCAAGAAAUCAUCGACAACGAACAACCAAAAGAAAGAUCAAGUCGACUGGAUUGGACAAGAUACUGGACGUUAACUGAAAUAACUUCAUGGCUCAAGCAACUUGUUGCCAAUCAACCCGAUGAUCUACAAAUGAUAAACAUCGGCACAUCACACGAAGGUCGACCAAUCUUAGGAGUCAAACUUAAUAUUGGAAAUGGAACUGGAAAGAAGCAAAUUAUUUUGGAAGGAACGAUGCAUGCUCGUGAAUGGAUAUCAACAGCAACUGUUACUUGGAUUUUAAAUGAAUUGCUGACAUCAGAAAUUCCUGAAAUCAAAGUACUUGCUGCUAAUUAUGAAUGGAUUAUUCUUCCAGUGAUAAAUGUUGAUGGAUAUGAAUAUUCAUGGACAAGUGAUAGAAUGUGGAGAAAGACACGUCAACGGUUCGGUAGACUUUGCGUUGGAGUCGAUCCAAACAGAAAUUUCGACAACUUUUUCAAUCAAGCAGGAACAUCACCUAAUCCUUGCAGAAACACUUAUGCUGGUCCGUUCCCAUUCUCAGAACCUGAAACAAAACAAUACUCUGAAUUUAUGGCAAAUCUACCGAACCUAGCGGGUUACUUUAGUUUCCAUUCUUUUGGACAAAUGUUGUUGCUUCCAUAUGGAUACACCCAGGAACUUCUUGAUAACUACGAUGAACUUUAUGAAAUUGGACAAAAAGCUGUAGCUGCAUUGAGAGUAAGGUAUAGGACUAGGUAUCGAUUGGGAAGUAUUGCUAAUGUUUUAUACUACGCAACUGGAAACUCAUUAGACUGGCUGAAAUACAAUUAUCAAACUAAUGUCACCUACGUGUAUGAGUUGCGUGAUCGCGGACUGAACAGAUUCAUCUUACCAGCUUCACAAAUAAUCCCUAAUUGUCUAGAAGUUUUUGAUUCACUCUUUGUUAUCCUAACUGAAGCACAGAAGAAAGGUAUUGCUUAAAUAUCAACUAUAAAUUUAAAGCUGUGAUUCUAUUAAAUAAUGUCAUCAAUGUCUCUUCUUUAUUGCCAAUUCAUUCCCAAAUGACUCAAUAAAAUUCAAUAAGAAGAAAUUGUUGCACGAAAA